AUGGCGUCCGGCAACAAGCAGGGCAAGAUGGCCGGCUACAUCAACUACCGGAUGAGAGUUACCUUGAACGAUGGCCGUCAGAUGACCGGGCAGAUGCUGGCUUUCGACAAGCACAUGAACCUAGUUCUUGCCGAUACCGAAGAAUUUCGACGCAUUAAGAAGAAGCAGAACAAGCCUGCAGCUCCCGGCGCAGCAAGCUCAUCAGGCCAGACUAUCGAACAGGAAGAGAAACGAACUCUAGGUCUAACAAUUGUUCGCGGUGCUCAUAUUGUCUCGUUAUCCGUCGAGUCUCCCCCGCCAGCGGAUCCUAGUGCUCGCUUGGGCAAGACUUCUGGUGGAGGCAUUUCAUCGACUCUCGCAGCUGGCCCUGGUGUUGCGCGUCCGGCUGGCCGAGGUGCUGCUCCCCCUAUGUCUCUCGCUGGCCCUGCUGCUGGUGUUGGAGCUGGCGCGCCUCCUGCAGGCUUCCCUGGAUUCCCUGGCGCACCUGGAUUUGGAGGCAGAGGUGGUCCUGGCGCACCGCCUGGAUUCCCUGGUGGUUUCCCUCCUGCCGGUUUCCCUCCCGGACCAGCACAAGCCGUCAAAAUGGCAGCCUUUGUCAAAGCUAUCAACGCGAAGAUUCGCUCAAACCCAGUCACCGACUAUGUCUGCUCAACACAUUUCUGGGGUCCAGUAUCGAACUUCGGUAUUCCCAUCGCAGCUGUCAUGGACACGCAAAAGAGUCCUGAACUAAUCUCUGGGCCCAUGACCUUUGCCCUCUGCAUCUACUCCGCGACCUUUAUGCGCUACUCCAUGGCCGUCACUCCGAAGAACUACCUCCUGUUCCUGUGCCACUUCGUCAACGAGGGCGCCCAGCUGACACAGGGCUACCGAUUCUUGGACUACAACAGAUGGGGAGGCAAGGAGAAGCUGGGCGUGCAGGGAGCUCUGGACACGGCUAAGGGCGAGGCGAAGAAGGUUGAAGGUCAGGUCAAGGAAGCCAUAAGCAAAUAA